GUGGGGACUGCGCACGGACAGGAGGGCGCGUGCGGGCAGGUGGAGGUGCGUAGCUUUUUGGCUCAAGCCACUCGUUCAAGCCGCUCUCUCUCGGCUUCAUCUUGCGCGGCCUCUUCCCCGUUUCCCCGCGCCGAGACUACGCAUCGGGCAACUGUUCCAACGGGAAGCGGAUGAGCACAGAAUCCAGAUCUGGAAAGAUGUUCACCCGUUUCGCGUCACCACGGUCGAUCCAGCACCAGAGCGUGUUCCGACACGAUUGCCUUAGGCACUGCGCGCUGUUUAAAGAGCGAGACCCACGGUUUCUGCAGAGCUUGUUGGAGGAGCUCUCCGUUGAGAUCUUCCAUCCCGGGGAGGUAAUCAUGAGGGAGGGCGAUGCGGGGGACACGUUCUAUGUGUUGAACGUCGGCAAGGUCGAGGUGCUAAACGGCCAGAACGUCGUAGCGGUAUUGGAGGGCGGCAACAGUUUCGGGGAGAUGACCCUGCUCGGCGUAAGCAACGUGAGGACGUGCACGAUCCGAGCCUUGGAGUUCUGUGACUGCCGCGUGAUCAGCAACAGAUCGUUCCAGCGAGUAUUGCAGAUGUUUUCUGACGAGAAGGUGUUCUUCGACGGACUGGCCAUGGAGAGGAAGGUGGAUCUGCACAGGAAGCUGAGCGUGACCAGCGACCCGUCCCCGUUCCGCAGGAGGAGGACCUCCGCGCACUCGCCCGCGACGGCCUCGAAGAGGUCCCUCCAGCUGGCGCCCCCCCUCGAGAGGGCCACGGCGGCGCCCUCGCGGCAGGCGCCCACGCACGCGCGCCUCUCCGACGUGUCGCGCUGCUUCCGCAGCUUCCGCCGGCGCAGCGCCCCCCCGGGCCUGCCCCGGCCGGGCGCGGCCCCGGCGCACCCGCCCGGGCCGCCGCGCUGGGCCGAGCUGGAGAGGGCGCUCGGCGGGCUGCGGCGGCCAGGCAGCGGGGCCUGCUAGAGCAGGCAAUGGGCCGCUGGCGGCCCCAGACCUCGCCAGCGCGUGAGGCGGGCCCGCCGGCCAAUCUCUCGCUGCCCCGUGCUGGGCCGGCCCCGCCGCGGGGCCGCGCUGCGGCGAGUCGGAAGGAGGA